UCUUCCUCCUGCACAGUCUUUUUGCUGUCCUGCCCGGCGACGCUCCUGCAGAGCUGCUGAAAGUUGAGCUGAAAAUGGGGAAAAUGCAAGUCUUAGGAGUAAUUGCAGUAAUAUUAGCAGUGUACUGUGUACAUGCGAAGAUUUACUUUCGGGAAGAGUUUCUGGAUGGUGAUGAAUGGAGAAGUCGCUGGGUGAACUCCAAGCACAAGUCAGACUACGGAGAGUGGAAGCUCACGGCUGGCGACUUCUAUGGCGAUGCAGAGAAAGACAAAGGUCUGCAGACAAGCCAGGAUGCACGUUUCUAUGCGGCCUCUGCCCGUUUUGAUUCUUUCAGCAAUGAGGGUAAGCCUUUGGUCAUCCAGUUUACAGUCAAGCAUGAGCAGAAAAUCGACUGUGGUGGUGGCUACGUGAAGGUCUUUCCUGCGGACUUGGAGCAGACUGAAAUGCAUGGAGAAUCCUCUUACUACAUUAUGUUUGGCCCUGACAUUUGUGGCUACAGCACCAAGAAAGUUCAUGUAAUUUUUAAUUACAAAGGCAAGAAUAAUCUCAUUAAGAAAGAGAUUAAAUGCAAGGAUGAUGAGCUGACCCACCUGUACACACUAAUCCUGAAUCCAGAUCAAACCUAUGAAGUAAAAAUCGAUAAUGAGAAGGUGGAAUCUGGGAGUCUGGAGGAUGAUUGGGACUUUCUGCCUCCUAAGAAAAUUAAGGACCCUGAAGCCAAGAAGCCAGAGGAUUGGGAUGACCGUGCCAAGAUUGAUGAUCCUAGUGACGCAAAGCCUGAGGACUGGGACAAGCCCGAGAAUAUUCCAGAUCCUGAUGCUAAAAAGCCUGAAGACUGGGAUGAGGAUAUGGACGGAGAGUGGGAGCCACCCAUGAUCCCCAACCCAGAGUACAAAGGAGAAUGGAAGCCCAAGCAGAUUGAUAACCCCAACUACAAAGGAGCCUGGGUGCAUCCUGAAAUUGACAAUCCUGAAUACAGCCCAGACUCGAACAUCUACAAGUUUGACAACAUUGGUGUUUUGGGUCUUGAUCUUUGGCAGGUGAAAUCUGGUACAAUCUUUGACAACUUCCUGAUUACAGAUGACGUGAAAGAGGCAGAAGAGAUUGGAAAGGAGACAUGGGGUGUGACAAAGGAGCCAGAGAGAAAAAUGAAACAGGAGCAAGAUGACCUGAAACGAAAAGAGGAGGAGGAGAAGAACAAAGAGCAGGACACUGAAGCUGCUGAUGAUGAAGAUGAAGAAGAAGAAGAAGAGGAGGAGGAGGAAGAAGAAGAAACGAAAGAAGACACAGACGAGGCACUUUCAGAAACAGAUGAAGAAGAAGGAAAGCUUAAAGAUGAGCUUUGAAGGGUUGUUGGCAUAGAAUUUCUUUGUUUUUUUUUUUUGUUUUUUCCCUUUUUUGGGGGUGGGUGUGCUCCCUCAGGAACUGUCCUAUAUUUCCCAGGGGUAUUGUGGCUGCUGUGCAUCCUUUCCCUGAGAUUUGGACACAACCCAGCUAAAGGGUGAUUUGCAGUAGAUUGGAAGGGGGUGGGGGGCAAAUGGUUUGUAACAUACUUGGGGUCUUUCAUUUUGAUCUUAACCCUGAACUGCUGGAUUAAUUCUAAGGUUUUCCACUCAAAGUACAUUCUUUAUUUUGUAAUAACAGAUAAUAACUAUAAACCGUCACCUGCUGUUUGCUAGAUUUUUUUUUUUUUUUUUUUUUUUUUUUUUUUUUUUUUUUUUGAUUCUCUUAAACUAGACCACAGACUGUAUAUAAGAUUAAUCUAUGCAGUCUGUGGUCUGCAUGUCUACUUUUUUGCAAAUACCCUCUCUUUUUUUUUUCUCUCUUUUUUUCUUUUAGGGUGUUUGAAAGAGCUGAAAAUGUAGUAAUUAUAUUAAAUUAAGAACAUCAGCCGCUCAGAUUUCAACGUUAACUCUGAAACAGAACAUACAAAGCAUAAACCAAAAGUUGUGACCAUAAAAAAAAGAAAAAGAAAAUAUGUGAA